AUGGCACAAGCAUCAACUUGGAUGAGUAGAAAAGGAGUUACAACCAAAAGAGUGAAGACUGUCCAGACGGCUCUAUCGAGAAUCAGCGCCCAACCGCGCAGUCCGGCUGGCCGAGAAACUAACGUUUCGCGCUCGGCCAAAACCCUGAAUCCGUCCGUCCGACGCAUAUCACGACCCGGGAAACAUUGUCCCGCGGUCGGCCAAGCUCGCCCACCCACACGCCGCGCACGACCAAAGCGCGCGAGCCGGGAACAAGCCUCGCGGCCGCGCAACCCUCGCGUACCACGGCCGAUGCCCGUCCGAGCCGGGAAGACGCCCCGCGUCCGAGAAUUUCAUCGGCCAAUCUUCAUCCGUCCGACCACGGCCGACCGGAAUAUCCGGCCACGACCGUUCCGACUCGCCCACGACCCGAUGUCCGGCCGAUCGUCCCGACCGACCGUCCCAACGCCGCGGUCGACCCGAAGCCCGUUUUGA